AUGAAUCCUCAAGUAGAUUUUGGAAAAUCAGCUCUUAUGCUUUCAUUAUAGAUUGCAGCUCAAAGUGCUCUGUAUACUAAAUUGUAAAUUGAGAGAUAACAUCUUUUUACUACAACUGUUAUAGAUGCAACAAAUGAUUUUAAAAAAUUGUGUUUGAUUCAUUUAAACUUUCUUCAUAAUUAGUUCUAUAAUCCUGGAUUGUAGCCUGUAUUAGAAAGUCAGGAAGAAUAUAAUAAUAGAAAAUCCUCAAUAUAUUCACCAUUGCUUAAGAAUAGACAAUUUAAAAGUUUAGAAAAUUCUUUAGAUAUUUAUGUAUAACCAGUUACUGCUAUUUAAAAAUCUAAAUUUGAAUAACCUCAAUAUUUUAGUGUUCAUCAAAGCACUAAAAGUGUUGAAACCUUAUCUCAGCAAUUAUCUCAAAUUAAGAUUGAUAAAUAACUAGAUAUUUUGAUGAGUGAAAAGAUUGAUAGAGAACUUGAUAAGGUUGAUCCAUCUAUAGAAUUAUCAUAAAUGAAAGAUGAAAACUGUAUAAGAGAUUAUUCAGAUAUUGAAGAAGAUUUAAAAAAGAAACCAUUUAAUAAAAAAAGAAAUUAAGAUAAAAAUAAAUAGUUUUCUUAAACUAAAUCUAAUUGGUAUGAAGAUGCAGAUAUAUCUUAUUAAAUAACAUCUCAUAGUGAUGAUUUUUCAGUUGAAAAUUCUCAUAACUUUUAUUGGGAUGUUGAAUAAGAAGAUGAUGAUAUUAGUGAUGAUUAUUCUUUUAUGGAUUUUAAAAGUUAAAUGAUUGAAUUAUAACCUAGUAUUAUUGAAAAUUAAAAUGAAAAUAGUAUACCAUUUCUAGUAAAAACAUCAGAAAGUUAAAUUAAAAUUGAUCACAAUACUCCUAAAAAAAAAAGACUUUAUUGUAAUAAUAAAAAAAUACCACUUUGGGCUUAAGAUUUAUCGGUAGAUAAUUAUAUUUAUAAUUAAUAGGUAGUAAAAUAAAAAUGUGGAUAAUAAAAAUAAGAUCCAGCUCAUUUAUUUGGAGUAUUAAGUUAAAAAGCUGUAGAUUAAGCAUUUUUAUUAUCCAACAGUAAGUAAGCUGAAAAUUCAAUUAAAUGGAAGAAAUAAAAAGAAAUUCUAAAUAGUUAAAUUCAAAAUUUAAAUUCAAAAAGUAAAGAAAGUUAUAGAAAAUUAAAGAAAAAUCAAUAAAAUGUAAUAAUAUUAAUAAUAUAAUAAAAGUCAAGCUAAAAGUUUAAUGAUUAUAGAUAGAAUUUUCUAUUUGGAUAAUAAGUAAGAAAGAAUUUCUUAAAUUUAUUCCCCAAAGAUACUGGAUCUAUGGAUAAAUGA